UCGAAAGAUACAGUCGAGUAUAAAAUAUUCCAAGCGAUAAUAAACUUCAUUGUGGUUAAGUUAACUAAACUGAAAAAGAGUAAAGAUGUCGAUGUGCCCAUUUGGAUUUAGCCCAUUUGAAAUGGAUGGUUUGGAACCUCGUUUCGGUCAAGGAAUAGCUCAUAGUGACUUCUUUUCUGACCGUUUGGUUCCUCGAGCUGGAAUGCAUAGUUUGUUGACUGGAUAUAAACGUCCUUGGGCUAUAAAUCAUUCUGCUAAAAGCAUGAUUAAGGAUCAAAAAAAUCUUCACUUCGGAAAGGAUGGAUUUCAAGCAUCUGUAGAUGUUCAUCACUUCCAACCGAGUGAGAUUACGGUCAAGACAAUCGAAAAUCAAAUAGUUGUAGAAGGUAGGCACGAAGAAAGAGAUGAUGGUCACGGAUCUAUUCAGCGUCAUUUUGUCCGAAAAUAUGUUUUACCGAAAGAAUAUGACAUGAAUUCCGUUCAUUCAACAUUGUCAUCGGAUGGAGUUUUGACUAUUAAAGCUCCCCCACCACCAGCAAUCUCUGGAACUUCAGAAAAGCAUGUCACGAUCACUCAUACCAACAUCCCAGCACAUUUGAAUAUUAAGGAACAUCCAAAAUCUCCACAAAUCCAACAUGAUAAUGGAAAAUCACCUGCUGUCAAUAAGCCUUAAAUUUUGUUAUUUUAAAAUGUUAAUUUUUUUUU